UGCAUGUACAUUCCUAAAAUAAUUUCAAAUAAUUUACUUUCAAAAUAUGAAAUGAUAUACAAUGUACAUGUACAUGCACUAGAUUCGGGAGAAAAUCAACCGAAAUUUCAUCUUAAAUUUGCUGAUUCCCUUUAUGAAUUUUGAUCAGCAAAAAAAUUAUAAUUCAUUUCAAGCAUGCUUCCGUUGAAUAGUAUUCUUUUUGGAGAGCUGUUAUUUGUAUUCAUAUAAUUUUCAGCACAUUGAAAUAGUCAUCGAUGAGAUGUAUUCCUCUCUACAUUACACAAUCGAUUCGUUGUGUUAUACUGACCGGAAAACGUAAAUCUUACGUUUCUAUCACGCAGUAGCUCAUACCCCCACCCCCCACCCCGCAUGCACAAAAAACUCGACGAUGACGUAUUGUCAGGUCCUCGUUCAUAAAAAUCUUGCUAUAUUUGGUAUAACCUUCUCGAAAAUUCCGCUAACAACCAGAUUCUCAGGUCCGCGCCCAGGCUAAACUUCUUGCCUUAUUUGGUAUACCCUUCUCGAAAUUUUCCGCGAAAAAACUACCGCAGUGUUCAAGAGACUGCAUUACCAAAUAAGGACAGAUUCUGCAUCAUACCAAACUUUACUCCAUCGCGGAAAAAAAUAGUUCUGACUAUUUGUCCUGUUUAGGGCAAUAUGCAUAUUAUCUCGCACACAAAUAUCAAAAGAAUUUGUUUGGUAACUUAGUUUUUUUACGAUAAGACGAAAUAAAUAUUUCAAAUACUUCAAAUAACACAUUAAAACAAAAGAAAAUACAGGUUUCAUGCUAGCGUAGUAUUUUCCUCUUUUCCCGCAAUUAUUUUCUCACUCUUUCGAGAAACGGCUUACAGCGAAGAUGGCAUCCGCACAGAAACGUCCAAAAAGAGACGAAAACGAAACCAUAGAUGGUUAUAUCCAUAUGAUAUCCCCCGUGAAGACGUCAAAAAACAAAAACAUCAAGUAUUUCAACGCCGUCAUGCAAGAAAAACUGAAAUUUACGGACGGUGUUUGUUUCAAGCCAGACCUACACUGCAACUUCCAAGACUUGGAAAAGAAAAAAAGCCCAGUGUCCCUCAAGAACAUUCAGAGAGUUCCAAGCAAUAGAACUUCAGCAGACUUUGACAUAAGGGUUGGAUUUGCAUCAGAAUUGUCUACUCCAGUGAGAGCAUUGGACUUUGACUUUCAACCUCCACCUACGCUUCAAACCACAACUAUCAAAGAUAUUGAGCAGAACUUGAAUGCUUUUCAAAAGGCAACCAUUGCAAUCAAAGUUAUUGACAUUGGACCUACAGAAUCGCGCACAACCCGGUCAGGGCAAGUAAUGGAUUGCAAACACAUUAUCGUUGCUGAUUCUACCAGCUCAAUCUCCUGCUGUUUGUGGGAAGCCCACUUUGACUCCAUAAAACUCGCCCAGUCAUACAAAAUAACCAAUGUAGCAGUGAGAAAUUUCGACAACAUCAAAACUCUUACUACAUGCCCAGAUACAGCCUUUGAAGCAACCAAUGACAUUGGCCCCAUUGUAGAAUCUGAAAAGAAACCCAUUUCAGUAGAAAAAAUUAUUCGCAUCAAGUCUGCUGCAUGCACCGCGGCCAACAAAUGCUCAGUCUGCAGCAAAGACGUGGGGAACUUCAACUCUGAGCUUGACACCAUAAAAUGCCAAUCUUGCAACAUGAGACAAAGAACCCUCGACAUCACAAAACAAUAUAAAUGUGAGGUAGUCGCUCAAGUCGACAACAACAACACCAAGUUAAUAAUACCGGAUUUAGUGUUGAGAGGCCGUCCAGACCUUGUCCUUGAUCCAAAUCAGUUGGAAACACAACUCCUCAAUUCCGUAUCUCUAACUGUGAAACUCAACAUUGGCUGCACACAUGUGUUGGACAUUACACACAUCCAAAAUUAAGGGAUUUAUCAAAGAAACUGUAUACUUUUUGUUAAGUACAAAUCAGCAAUUUGUAUCGGUUAAAAAAAUUGGUACUUUAAAGUUGUAGCUGCUCAUUUUUUAUUUUUUUUUUGUACAAAUAUACAAGUACAAAUAAGCAAUUUGUAUUGAUGACUUAAAAAUCUUGGUACUAUGCACUUGUAGAUGCCCGUUUGCUUUUUUUGUUUUUUUAAUACAAUUAUAAGUACAAAAUUAUUCGCAUCAAGUCUGCUGCAUGCACAGCGGCCAACAAAUGCUCAGUCUGCAGCAAAGACGUGGGAAACUUCAACUCUGAGCUUGACACCUUAAAAUGUCAAUCUUGCAACAUGAGACAAAGAACCCUCGACAUCACAAAACAAUACAAAUGUGAGGUAGUCGCUCAAGUCGACAACAACAACACCAAGUUAAUAAUACCGGAUUUAGUGUUGAGAGGCCGUCCAGACCUUGUCCUUGAUCCAAAUCAGUUGGAAACACAACUUCUCAAUUCCGUAUCUCUAACUGUGAAACUCAACAUUGGCUGCACACAUGUGUUGGACAUUACACACAUCCAAAAUUGAGGGAUUUAUCAAAGAAACUGUAUACUUUUUGUUAAGUACAAAUCAGCAAUUUGUAUCGGUUAAAAAUAUUGGUACU